AUGGCGGCAAUUCUCGGCUCAACGUCCCCAACAGACAGCAAUCUUGCACUUCACAAAGCUACAGUCGAAGAUAUACCCGCCAUUAGAGCCAUGGUCGAUGCCGCCUAUUCAAAGUACAUAGAGCGCAUUGGCAAACCACCAGCACCUAUGACAGAAGAUUGGGACCAGGUGAUCCGCACGCAUGAAGUUCUCGUCUUGAGAGACAAUGAGCGGAUCGUGGGCUCAAUCACCUUCCACAAGGACGAGCCGACAAACUCGCUCAAAAUCGACAACGUGGUUGUCGAUCCGACAACACAGGGUCGAGGCUACGGAUAUAAAAUGAUCAAGUACGCGGAAGUGGAAGCUCAAAAACAGGGACUGUCCAGUGUAACAUUAUUCACUAAUGUGAAAAUGUUCGAGAAUGUUGGGUUCUAUGCAAAGCUGGGGUUUAUGGAAACGGAUCGAAGGGUGGAGGAUGGGUUUGAACGUGUUUAUUUCUAUAAGAAGCUUUGUUAA